CAGCUUUGGCGACGAUGAAGGAUGAAAGACACGACACCAGACAGGCAGUCAUUUGACUAUAAAUAUCGUGGAAUACCCCCAGCACAAGAGAUGAUCGAAACCGGCUCAGAAGCACAAACAAGACAACUACCAACACUACACCCACCAUCACAUCUCCAAUCCGCAGUCAAUAUGCGCUCCCAUCUAUUUUCACUUUUGGUUCUUGUUGCCACAACCCUGGCCACACCCUUUGUUGAGUUCGACCUGGGGCCAGAGAAUGCCCUCGAGGCUCGCACGUGGGACAAGGAUGAGAAGUGCGUCGAGUUCGUCUACGGCCACGAGAACAAGCAUCUUGGCAAGUGCUGCGUCAAGCUCCGGGGCAAGCAUCUCCACGUCGAGUACCCGGACAUCAAAAAGGGCGAGUACACGGACGUCAACGUCAUCGUCCAGACCCAUCCCAUCACCGAGGAAAACCACAAGAAGUGGCCGUACAAGAGUGGCCACGAGGGUCCUUGCAGAUACCGCAAGGGAAAGGCUUCGUGCAAGAUCGACGUCCAUCCGUCCUGGAGGGAGUGCGGCAAGAAGCUGUACAUUGGUGUCCACGGCGAUUGCGAGGUCCACGGGAAGCACGAGAGGGGCUGGGGUUAUGGGCAGUGCAUCAAGAAGAACGCGCCGGGAAAUUGCCCAAAGAGCUUUGACUGGAACAAACAGUGUCACCAGGCCGCCCAGGCUGUGGCAGACAAAUAUGAUCGGCCGUUCAUUCUGCUCGCGUUAGCAUCGUCACUAUCAUACCCGGCCGCCGGCACCUACCGUGUCGUCCUCCUCUCGAUAUGCCGCGAGAGACGUCAGAAGAUUCCACGCGUAGUUCGCAAUACGACCCUGCGACACCACGCCCCGCCAGUCUGCCACAUACGCAUCGUAUCCGAAUGUGAGGACACGCGCCGUCGGGAGCUUGGACGGGAGGAGGGCCUUGGGCCAUCGCUCGGAUGCGCCGGCGGCCGUCCAGGUCUUCUCGCGGUCGCCCGUCAGGCCGUGGAUGAAGACGAUGCCGGAAGUGUCAGCAGCCGAUUCAGAGGCUAA